UCCACUGGUUGUAGGUGGCCAUUAAGGUUGGAAAAAAAGCUGGCAGCCCAUAGACAGUCUUACGCGAGACGGACAGGUGUUUUUAUGGCUGUCAGCCUCUCUGGGAGGGACUAGCAGUGAAAGGAAAAGCCUUGCUGGGGGGCUCUGCCAGAGCGGAAACCCACUUCCACUGGCUAUGUUUGGAUGUGAUGCUGGUCUCUGUGGAUACAACAUGGACUCUAUGGCCUGAUUACGCAGCCUUGGUAUUCAGAUAGUGCUGGAGGGAAGGGAUAAUGCAUAUCCUUCCCUGCCCGGAACAAGAAGCCACAAUGAGCAACGUAACGGUCACCGACAACACUGAACCCAUCAGUCGCACCAUGAGUCCGGCAACCCCCAGCCCGUAUCCCUAUCCUGUCAGUUUCCAGGUCUCCCUGACUGGCUUCCUCAUGCUGGAAAUCCUCCUUGGAAUGAGCUCUAACCUCACUGUGCUUGCCCUCUAUUGUAUGAAGUCAAACCUCAUUAGUUCCGUCAGUAACAUUGUUACUAUGAACCUCCAUGUGUUGGAUGUGCUAGUUUGUGUGUGCUGCAUCCCCUUUACCAUUGUGGUGGUGUUGCUCUCUUUGGAGGGAGACACUGCCCUCGUCUGCUGCUUCCAUGAAGCCUGUGUCUCCUUUGCUAGUGUCGCCACUGCUGCUAAUGUGCUUGCUAUCACCCUUGAUCGCUACGACAUCUCGGUCAAACCAGCCAACCGGGUGCUGACAAUGAGCCGUGCCCUGACCCUGCUAGCUUCCAUUUGGGUGCUAUCCUUUGUUAGUUUCCUCGUCCCCUUUAUUGAGGUGGGCUUCUUCGCCCAGGGCCAUGCUGACCUGAACCAGACAGUGGUGGAGAAUGUGGUCCACACUAACCAGUACUAUACAGAACUUGGCCUCUAUUACCACCUGCUUGCUCAGAUUCCUAUUUUCUUCUUUACUGCCGUUGUCAUGCUCAUCACCUACUCAAAGAUCCUGCAGGCACUCAAUAUUCGCAUCGGCACACGUUUCCACACCUCACAGAAGAAGAAGGCUCGCAGGAAAAAGCAGCCAUCCAUGACAGCAAUGACAACGCAGCAAGAGGCCACAGAUGCAUCCCAGAGCAGUGGUAGUCGCAACCCCACACUGGGAAUGCGUACCUCUGUCUCUGUCAUCAUCGCCCUGCGAAGGGCUGUUAAGCGCCACAGAGAAAGGCGAGAGCGCCAAAAGAGGGUUUUCAGGAUGUCCCUCUUGAUUGUUUCUACCUUCCUGCUGUGCUGGACGCCUAUCACAGUACUCAACACAGUUAUCCUGAGUGUGGGCCCCAGUGACCUAAUGGUCAAGAUGAGACUGGGUUUCCUGGUCAUGGCUUAUGGGACCACUAUUUUUCACCCUCUACUCUAUGCCUUCACAAGGCAGAAGUUUCAGAAAGUCUUGAAAAGCAAGAUGAAGAAGCGAGUGGUGUCGAUCAUUGAAGCAGAUCCUACCCCUAAUAAUGCCAUUAUCCACAACUCCUGGAUCGACCCAAAGCGGAACAAAAAGGUGACAUUUGAGGACAGAGAUGCUCGACAAAAAUGUCUGUCUUCUGAGGACGUGGAAUAAAAGAAAGAACUCCUCAUCUUUAAGGUCUACAGUCAAUAAAAAGCAGCUAAAACUGACAUCAGGUCAUGAUGAAAAAGGGAAAAUGUUAAUCCAAAGCAGAAAUGUAAAUAUGUGCAAUAGAAUGUACAAAAUCAAGAGGUGGAUAAUUUAUUACUAUUUAUUGAGAACAAACGUAGGUACGUACUGUAGAUAUUGCAUGGCUUUUUGUAACGGUAGCAACAUACAGUGCAUUGUGUACAAACAUAAUACAUGUACAGCAUAGGGUAAACAAGGUAUAUAAAUAGAAUGAGAAGUAGGAAUUAUUAUGUAUAUGUAUUAUAAAUUUUGUGUUCACUCACCUAAGCAGCAAAAGGCCUCCAAUUAUACCCUCCCCUAAGUAAAGUGUUGAUUCUGUAACAACUGUGAGAUUACUGCCAUUCAUCACCAUGCCCUUGGUCCCCAGUGACCACUGGCCAUUGCCUGCAAGCCCUCUGAGGAAAGGUAGACAGAUAGGUCAAAGAUGAAGAGACAGGCGUGGAAAGGAAGUAGCAAAAGUAGUGUAUGUUAUGUUGCAAUAGUCAAAAAGCUAUGGUGUACUGUUCACAAUCACUGCUUUUAGAGUUAAAGAUCAGUUGCAUUCCAUAGACACAACAGAAGACCACGGUUCUCAUCACCUUGUUUGACAUAAACCAGAUGUAAUCAAAGCCUAGUCUGUUUCCCUUUAACGGUCAUGUCUUUGAGCCAAAUGGAAAAUCUACAGUUGCCUUAUUUUGGUUUGACGAAUUGAGCAUGAGUUUAUGGUGAGACAGGGACUGUGACAGGGAGAGCACAUUUUGAACAUAAUGAAAAAAAUAACAAAUAUUGUUUUAAUUCUAAAAGUGAAUAGAUUUCUCAGAUGCUGUUUAGUAAAGACGUUAUUUAAUCAAACUAAAAGAAAAUGUUGAAAAUGGUUGUAUUAUCAAAUUGUCUGUUUUUAAUAACACUAGUCGACAAACAACGCUUUCCAAAUAAGCAAAUCCAUAACUGCAAUAAAGAGCUACUGCACAAAUCUUAAAGCCUAAUAAAACAUUCUGUUUACAAU